GGUCCCUACACUUUCAUUUUAUGACUUUUCUAAUAAACCACUAACUUUACAUUUUUCCAUCUUAUAAACCAUUUUUUUCUCUUGCCAAAGGGUGAUUGGGAUUAGAUCAAUUACCUCUUAUGGGAAAUAACAAGUUCAAAUUUUCAGAUAUGAUACCAAAUGCUUGGUUUUACAAGCUAAAAGAUAUGAGCAAAUCAUCAAGGAAAAGAAAUGGUUCAUCACAUUUCAUGAAGAACAAAGUAAUAACUUCACCAACAUCAACAUCUCAAAGGUCACAACAUUCAAGGUAUUCUUCACAUUGUUUCUCUAAUGAACCAAUAAGGGUUGGUAAGUUGUUUAACACACCAAAUCAUACCAAAGAUUUGAGCUUUCCAUUCAAUGAUUCACCAAGAAUGUCUUCCAAGAGAAGGGUUGGAAGAAAAACUAUUUACAAGCCUUCUCAUUCUUCUCAACCAUUUGAUCAAGUUCAAGUUCAAGUUCAAGUUCAAUCACAAGAACAUGAUUUGUCUUCAAUUGAAAAUUCUUCUUGUGAGUCUUAUCAUAAUCAAUGUGUUUCUUCUGAAUCUGAAUUUUGUGAUAGCUUUUCGGUUCCGGAUUUGCUUAAUUGUAGUUGUAGAGUUAGCUCUUCAACUAAUGAUAUCAUCAUAGACAUGAACAAUGAAUCUUUUCAAGGAAAUUCUAAACACUUAGAUGGUUUUGAAUCUUUUGAUGCAUUUUCACAACUUGGUCUAGCUCCUAUACUAACAAAGCAAGUGAAGUUCGACGAUGAUAAGAUCGUCGAGGCUACUAAAUCACGAAGUUCGUCCGAAUCAGACGAGCUGAAAAUCGAUCAUUCCUUCUCCUCUAUCAAAGUUAAUCAAAGAAGGAGAAAAAAAAGUCAAAUAGGUAAAAAAGCUUCUCCUAAUUCUUCUCAAGGUAUAAGGCUUAGAGUGAAUUCUCCAAAGCUUGUUAAUAGAAAAAUUCAAGCUUGUGGAAGAAAGAGUGUUUCAAGGAAUGAGGCAGGGUUUGUAGAUGGAUUUGCUGUUGUUAAGUCAUCAAUUGAUCCAAUAAGUGAUUUCAAGGAAUCAAUGGUGGAGAUGAUUGUUGAGAAUAAUAUAAGAGGAUCAAAGGAUUUGGAGAAUUUACUUGCUUGCUAUCUUUCUCUUAAUUCAAGUGAAUAUCAUGAUCUUAUUGUUAAAGCUUUUGAGCAAAUUUGGUAUGAUAUGGCUCAACUUAGAAUGUAAAAAGUUUAAUAUCGUUGAAUGCAUGUUUAUAAUUAUAAGUCUUGUAAUUAUUUAA